AUGGAGCUGACGCAACGGCUUCGCCGCGAGAUUUACAAAUCGAACAAGGAAAUAAAAGCCCUCGGGAUAAUACAUGAAGACCUCAGGCGAGAUAAUGUCCUUUGGAGUGAAGAGCUCGGGCGUGCUUUAAUCAUCGACUUUCACCGUUCUACUCUGAGAUGCCGACCGGCUAAGCAGCGACCGGGGGCCGCAAAACGACGACUAUGUCGAGCGGAGGCAGGAGAUGCAAAACGUCUUCGGGUUUCGUGA